AUGUGGCGGGUGCAUUGUUACCUAUCCCCGCCCCAUACCCGAGUCGGGUCUAAGUCUCCCACACCAUACCCGACCCAUUACCCAAUUAAGUGGGUAUUACCCGUUCCGCUCUGGGCGAGGCCCCACGGGGAAGUUGAGGACCUUGCAUUUAUAACCGAUCGGGGACAGUCUAUAAUAAAGGGUAUUGCUGAAGUUUUUCUCAAAGCACGUCAUGGGUAUUGCAUGUACCAUAUACAAGGCAACUUGAAGAUCAGGAUUAGGGACAAAGGCAUCGUUUUACUGUUCAGAAGAGCGAUCGAAGCUUACAGUAUUAAAGAGUGUAAUAGGUACAUUGUUGAAAUAGGAAGCAAAUCAUUCCCGACAUGGGACUAUCUAACAAAAAUGGGAAUUAAACAUUGGUUGCAGCAGUGGUUUCACGAUCGACGUGCGAAAUCACAUAAUUGCACGAAUGUGCUAGCCCCAGCGCAAGAGAAAAAGCUCUUCAAUGCUGCAAAGGUUGCGAAAAAGUUAAAUGUUGAACCACUAGACAAGUCGCGCUUCUCUGUGGAAUGUCCACGUAACAAGGCAUACAUGUUAGAGAGUUUUUCAUGUGAACAUGCAGUUGCGGUGACUAUGUAUCGAGGAUUUGCAGCAAGAACAUUGUACUCUCCUUAUUACACUUCUGAAAACUGGAGAGUUGCGUAUACUGAAACCAUAUUUCCUCUAUCAAAUGAAAUCAAAUGGGAAGUUCCCAAUUACAUUCGUCCGUUCAAUACAGUGUCGCCACCUCUCAUUGAACCGCGUAGUCCUGGAUGUCCAAGCACGUCUAGAAUAUCAUCUACUGGAGAAUUUUUCCGACCAUUAUUUACAUUGGCAUAA